AUGUUGUGUGACGUAGCGAUGGACGCGAACGGGAACGGCAAGCGUGAUCCUCUCCCCGUCUACUUCCAUCGGAGCGGAACCUGCACCGACGAAAGUAACAGAACUACAGAUCUAGAAUUUGUUUACGAUGACACUGACACACACUCUAAUGAAAUUGCUGAGUUGUACAGCUACACGGAGCAGUAUGAGUUGCAGCUUAAUCUUAAGGCAUUUGAGGAUCAGAUGGAAUGGUACAAUUUACGGCCAUGGUGGCAAAACUUGACAAGACCACAACAGAGAUCAAUAAUCUACAAGUUGCUGGAUCAAUUGGAAGUUUCCAAUAAACAGCUCAGGAUGAAAGCGGCUCGUUGCAUUCUUUAUUUAGCUCAGGGUUGUUGGGCUGAGGUACAGUCUGACAAGGAACAACAAGACUGGACUAGGACAAACGUAAUGUUACUCUACGAAGCUGGCAUUUUUCCAGCGUUUGUUGAACUGCUAAACAUUGAGAUUGAAAAUAGCACAACUGCUACCUCGGCAAUGAGAAAGCUGGCUGUUAGCCUUGCUGAUUCGAUAGACUUAAGAGUCAUUCUGUCCGUUUUGUACGUUAUAACAGAAGUUAUGAGAGAAGAGUUAAAAAAUAUUGAGCACAGUGAAUAUAAAGACAAUGUUGAAGCUUUUAAAGAAGAUCUUGUAAAUCCAUAUGGAGAAGAACUAUUAAUCGUUAAACUCCUCGGCAUGGUAACGUGUUUCUGCAGCGGCUCGGCACCACAUUUUCCUAUGAAAAAGGUUCUCUUGCUUUUGUGGAAGCUGAUCUUAGUCUCUCUUGGCGGCAUUGACGCACUCAGAGAAUUGAAGAAGUUGUAUCGUGAAGAGGCAGGACUCGAUACGCAGCAGGAAGACACUAUCGAAGUCGCUAGGACGAUGAGAGCUAGCUCUCCGCCUAUGAGCGCGGCUGAUUUGUUGGAAACGCAAAAUCAGAAAAGAAACAAUCGACCUUUUCGAAGGAGUUUGAUGAAACAAAGCUCGUUAGAUGAUCCAGGCUUGGGGAUGGAAUACGAAGGAGGAGAACCUCCAAAUAAUACUGGGGCAAAUGAGGGAGAUGGCGAACUGAUUGUAUUCCUCGGUCCUGGUGGACCUGGCGGUUGGAAUCAAACAUAUUAUGAAGACCAGAAUAAUCAGUCGCAAUUAAGGCCAGGUACUCCACAGCUUAUAAAGGGAAAAGGUUUACCAUGGACGCCCAAAGUGAGACAAAAGGACGUGGACACCUUUCUCGAAGUUGCCAGAAUGAAGUUUGUCGGGUACAAAUUACAAGGAGAUAGGGAGAGUUUAGCAGGUUUGCCGCAACCAAUUCAUGAAGGCGUUACUACUCUUAAAAAGCAUAUGUACACAUCCCUAGCGGAAAUUCAGAUAAGGAAGGAAGAAGAGAUAGCGAGAAACCCAAUGAGUACUCUAGAACCCCCGCUUCGUCAAACACCAACCGAAAUUCUUUAUCAGGCUAUAUUACCGAAUUUGCCGCAAUAUAUGAUUGCUUUAUUGAAGAUAUUACUUGCUGCUGCACCGACAAGCAAAGCUAAGACAGACAGUAUUAAUAUCUUGGCUGAUGUGUUGCCGGAGGAAAUGCCAAUGACGGUACUGCAAUCGAUGAAAUUAGGAAUCGACGUUAACCGACAUAAGGAAAUUAUUGUUAAAGCCGUUUCUGCAAUUUUAUUACUGUUGCUUAAGCAUUUCAAACUGAAUCACGUAUAUCAAUUCGAAUUUAUGUCGCAGCAUUUAGUAUUUGCCAAUUGCAUACCUCUUGUAUUGAAAUUUUUAAAUCAGAACAUUAUAGCGUACAUUGAGGCGAAGAAUAUUAUUCCUAUUUUGGACUUUCCUAUGUGUGUCAUUGGUGAUCAGCCGGAAUUAACUACUGAAAGUCUCGAAAUCGGCCAUAGUCAAUCUUUUUCAUGGAGAAAUGUUUUCUCUUGUAUUAAUUUAUUAAGAAUUUUGAACAAAUUAACCAAAUGGAAACACAGUAGGAUAAUGAUGUUAGUCGUUUUUAAGUCAGCACCUAUUUUAAAACGCACACUAAAAGUCAGACAUGCAAUGAUGCAAUUAUAUGUUUUAAAAUUAUUGAAGAUGCAAACGAAAUAUCUCGGACGGCAGUGGAGAAAGACAAAUAUGAAAACUAUUAGUGUCAUUUAUGCGAAAGUUCGACAUCGCUUAAAUGAUGACUGGGCAUACGGCAAUGACUUAGAAGCGCGGCCAUGGGAUUUCCAAGUUGAAGAGUGUGAGCUACGUACAUGCGUUGAUCAGUUUAAUAAUCGAAGAUAUUCUAAUAUUCCGAGGGACGAAGAAAUGGAACCGGUUGACGCAUCAGUAACGUCCGUACUCGGUGCAAAUGUGGAAUUGACUGAGGAGUUUAAGCAACAUUAUGAAUUAUGGUUACAACAGGAGGUAUUUCAAAGAAGUAUUAAUUGGGAUGAAUUAUUGGAUCCCACGGCGUGUGAAAUUUAAAUUUCAUAUAAAUAUAAAGCGCAUGUGAAUCGUGAAUUUUCCUUAAAUCAUAGACCUGAAUAGAAUUGCGACAUUUUUACGAAUUACAAUACCAUUGUGAGAAGUGUUCAAGCGAAAAAACAUUGCCAUAUCGAUACUGCAAAAAUUUCCAAGUUGCAUUUGAUAUCGCGAUGGAUGAAUGGUCCUAAUUUAGAAAAUGUUUAACAAAAAGACUUUCUGAUGACACGCGUAAAACAUUUCAAAUUUCUUUCAUAUUUAAUUUGUGCAACAUAGUGCUUGUAGCCAUUUUCUAUCAUUAUCGACAGUCAAUUUCAAAUAAAUAUAUAAUUUUUUCAUAUAUAUAUAUAUAUAUAUAUGAGAAUAUUGAAAUUUAGAACAUUUUAAUAAAAUAUAUUGCUUUUUUGCUGUUAAAAGUACCAUUUUUCUGUAGCAGUUUUGCAUAUAUCAAGCUGUUAUCAUAAUUUACAGGCAUAUAAAUGGUAUGCCACAAUUCAAUUUCCUACAUUUUAUAUAUUUUUUACAUGACCUCUCAAUCCUUUCCAUCACUGUGAAUAUAUACAAUGAAGAGAACCUUGAUGUAUGUGUGCAGAGACUAUCUUACUUCCUUAUAGCCUGCACUAUUUGAUAAUAUAUAAGUAUAUAAUUAUUACGUAUACAUAAAUUAUACAUAAAUAUAUAUAUAUAUAUAUAUAUAUAUAUAUAUAUAUCUUCAGUUAUUGUUAAUUAUGACAUCAAUUUGUAUUUAUAUAUUCAUGUAUAGCUGAUCUUAAGGAAUUAAAUAGUAGGAUUAUGUUGAGCUGCAAAACUUAGCGCUGAAUAAGAUGCAAGAUGAUCGGCUACUGCUUACCUGGUACACUUAGAAUAAGAUUUUUCCACAAUAUAGAUAUAUAUACACAUAUGACAAGUCAAAUUUUCUCUUAUUUAUUUAACGUAAGUUACGCAAUAGAGCAAUCUCACACACAGAUCUCUAAUGUUGUAUAAUUUAUGUUAUCAAAGACACUUGUACAGCAUGCCACGACUGGUAUCAUACAUAUGUUUUGAGUGUCAAGAUUUAAUAAAACUGAUAUAAAUAGGAAGACUGAUUCACAUUCCCUCGCAAUCUUGAUCUUAAGAUAAUUUCAAUAUUAAAUGGACAAGUUUUCUAUAAUUAUAGAUAUGUUCUUCAUGGCUGCACAAAGUACACAAUAGUAUAUAAUUUAAUUUCUGUAGUUAUAGGUUUGUUUUUUGUGGCUGUACUAGAUUUGUUCUUGCACUGAUGUGUUUAAUGCAGAAUUUGACCAGUGUAAGAGUACAAGUUAGUUAGGCUGAAAUAUAAAAAAAUG